AUGGCGCCUCCCAGUCCCGCGGAGUCUAAGGCCCCAUCCCCGUCGAGCGCGGCCAAGUCCGAGGAGGAGAUGGUGCUGCCGGGGUUUCCGGACGCGGACAGUUUCGUGAAGUUUGCUCUUGGGUCAGUAGUGGCUGUCACCAAGGCAUCUGGGGGCCUACCACAGUUUGGCGAUGAGUAUGAUUUCUACCGAAGUUUUCCUGGCUUCCAGGUAUUUUGUGAGACACAGGGCGACAGGUUGCUUCAGUGCAUGAGCAAGGUAAUGCAGUACCAUGGAUGUCGAAGCAACAUUAAAGAUAGAAAUAAAGUGACUGAGUUGGAGGACAAGUUUGAUUUACUAGUUGAUACCAAUGAUGUUAUUCUGGAAAGAGUGGGUAUUUUACUGGAUGAAGCAUCAGGUGUGAAUAAGAAUCAACAGCCUGUCCUCCCCACAGGACUACAGGUCCCCAAGACAAUCGUGUCCAGCUGGAACCGUAAGGCAGGAGAAUAUAGCAAAAAAACAAAAUCUGAAACUUUCCGGCUGCUUCAUGCAAAAAACAUCAUCCGACCUCAGCUUAAAUUCCGAGAGAAGAUUGACAAUUCCAACACUCCAUUUCGUCCUAAAAUCUUCAUCAAGCCCAAUGCCCAGAAACCCCUCCCUCAGGCGCUCUCCAGAGAAAGGCGGGAGUGCCCGCAGGAUCGCCCUGAGGACUUGGAUGUCCCGGCUGCUCUGGCAGAUUUCAUUCAUCAGCAGAGAACGCAGCAGGUGGAGCAGGACAUGUUUGCACACCCUUAUCAAUACGAACUAGAUCACUUCACUCCACCGGAUUCAGUCCUUCAAAAGCCACAACCCCAGUUAUAUAGGCCUGUGGGAGAAACACCCUGCCAUUUCGUGUCUUCCCUGGAUGAACUAGUGGAACUCAACGAGAAGCUCCUGAAGUGUCAAGAAUUUGCAAUAGACUUGGAGCACCAUUCUUACAGGAGCUUCCUGGGGCUGACCUGCCUCAUGCAGAUUUCCACCCGGACAGAAGACUUCAUUGUGGACACUCUGGAGCUGCGAAGUGACAUGUACAUUCUCAACGAGAGCCUCACGGACCCAGCUAUUGUCAAGGUCUUCCAUGGUGCUGACUCAGACAUAGAAUGGCUGCAGAAGGACUUCGGGCUGUACGUCGUGAACAUGUUUGAUACCCAUCAGGCGGCGCGCCUUCUUAACCUGGGCCGGCACUCGCUCGACCAUCUGCUGAAACACUACUGCAAUGUGGAAUCCAACAAGCAGUACCAGCUGGCUGACUGGAGGAUACGACCUCUGCCCGAGGAAAUGCUGAACUACGCGCGGGACGACACCCAUUACCUGCUUUACAUCUAUGAUAAGAUGAGGCUGGAGCUGUGGGAGCGAGGCAACGGCCAGCCCGCCCAGCUGCAGGUGGUGUGGCAGCGCAGCAGGGACAUCUGCCUCAAGAAAUUCAUCAAACCUAUCUUCACGGAUGAGUCCUACCUUGAACUGUAUAGGAAGCAAAAGAAGCAUCUCAACACGCAGCAGCUGACAGCCUUCCAGCUCCUGUUUGCCUGGCGGGACAAAACCGCGCGGAGGGAAGAUGAAAGCUAUGGAUACGUACUGCCAAACCACAUGAUGCUAAAGAUAGCUGAAGAGCUGCCUAAGGAACCUCAGGGCAUCAUAGCUUGCUGCAACCCUGUCCCCCCUCUCGUACGGCAACAAAUCAACGAGAUGCAUCUUCUAAUCCAGCAAGCUCGGGACAUGCCCCUGCUGAAGUCUGAAGUAGCGGCUGGGGUAAAGAGGAGUGGACCGCUGCCCAAUCCUGAGAGAUUGGAGAAUGUUCUCUUUGGACCUCAUGACUGCUCCCACGCCCCUUCAGAUGGCUAUCCUGUCAUCCCAGCCAACGGGCCUGUGCCAGUGCAGAAACAGGCAAGCCUUUUCCCUGCAGGAGGAGAGGACGAGGCCCUGCUGGACUCCAAAUGCCUUAUCGCCACCGCUGUCAUCACAUUAUUCAACGAACCCAGUGCUGAAGAAAACGGAAAGGCCCCGCUAACAGUCGCACAGAAGAAAGCCCAGAGCAUAAUGGAGUCCUUUGAAAACCCAUUCAGGAUGUUUCUGCCUUCGAUAGAACACCAUGCUCACAUUUCCCAGGCAGCAAAGUUUGACCCAACAUCAAAAAUCUAUGAAAUCAGCAACCGUUGGAAGCUGGCAAGCCAGGUACAGGUACAAAAAGAAUCUAAAGAAACUGCCAAGAAGAAGGCAGCUGAGCAAACAGCUGCCCGGGACCAGGCCACUGAGGAGUACAAAGAGGCGGCGGAGCAGGCCAUGUCUGUCCGGCGGCAGGCUGCUCUAGAAAACGCCGCCGUGAAGAGAGAGCGAGCAACGAGUGACCCAGGGACCCCAGAGCAGAAACUGGAGAAGAAACGACUCAAAGUUUCCAAGAAGCCGAAGGAGCCAGAAGCGCCGGAAAAAGAUUUCACCCCUUAUGACUACAGCAAGUCAGACUUCAAGGCUUUUGCUGGAAGCAGCAAACCCAAACCUUCUUCCCAGUUUGAUCCAAAUAAGCAGACGCCAUCUGGCAAGAAAUGUCUUGGAGCCAAAAAACUUAAACAGCCCAUGGGAAACAAAAGCAUGUCCUUUCCGACUGGAAAGUCAGACAGGGGUUUCAGGCACAAUUGGCCAAAGAGAUAG